CGCGCAGCCCCGCGUCAGGUCUGGAAGUGCAAGGAGGAGGAGGAGGCAGAGAGGAACAACGCUGCUGGAGCUGAGCGGAGCGGAGCGGGGAAUGAUGGCGGUGAGAGAGGAACAAGGGAGAAGUUUAGUACUGUAAAACACUGGGGACAUUGUGGGCGAUCGAUCGGGCGCCUAACACGAUGAAACAAGUAGGAGAUGACUUUGCUGUGAGUGUUUAGUAUAAGAAGAUCCACCGGACCCAUGGCACCGCUUGCUUAAAAGUCGAGGGAUAAUAGUUCACCACAGUCUCUCCAAAAAACCCGGCUUUUCUAACUUGGACUGAAGUCACAAACAAGCUAAACAUGAUCAAAGCGGAAAGCAAAGGAGGUGAGAGGACCCUGAGGAGCGCAUCCCCUCACAGAAAUGCUUACAAGUCUGACUUCCACGCCAUUAAGUGCAACUUUGAUGGGUCCAAAUCAUCCGAGGGCGACGCCAAAUCAUAUGCAAAUGGCUCCAGCCCGGACACCCGGGAGGACUCGAGGGGGAGGCCUUUUGGCACCAGAGUGAACAAGAUAAAGAACAUAUUCCUACAGAUGGAUGGUCAGCAACAGGAGUGCCAGGAGGGGAAAGUGACCCCAAAGCCCGAUGUGUCCCCGGUGUCCCCAACGAAGCUGCAAUUUCCGGUCAACACUCCCAGAUCUACCCCUAACAGUGCCACAAGCCCAGAAUCACAAAAUUUGGAUAAAACACCCAAGGGGGAAGAUGUUGAGAUUGACAAAGUGGCUUUGGCGGAGAAGUUUUCAGUGACCAGAAAACUCUUUGAGAGGGGCAUCAAAGAGCAGCCUGCAGCUGAAAAACAGUCUACAAACAGAGUAGUAAAUCGUCUGUCCCUGGGAAGUGCGUCUGAUGAGGGGAAAAGCACAAGGAGAGCAUCGGGAUCCUCUGAGACCACUAUCAAAUCAGAGCAAACUCCAACAUCAACAGUCAAAUGUCAAGCGGAUGAGAAGGCUGAUAGUGAGAAAAAGCAUGUGUCUAGAGUGUCGUUGAAUGCAGGACCCAUGUCCAAAAGGUUGGAUAGUUAUGGUGCAGAGAAUGACUCUGAAGACAACACCACAGCUGCCGCAAAGGGAGGAAAGGCGUCUGCUAAACAACACAGCACGACUGAACACUCACUGCCUGUCUCUCCAACAAGGGACAGCUCAAACAAAUCUCCUGUUAAAGAAGCCACUAACUCCACCCCUGUGAUUGAUGCCACUACUAAAAAUACAUCCCAGUCGGCGUGUGUCAGUAACAAACCAACAUCUUUGGGGUCUAGUGUUAAAACAACAGUCCCAGUUACCAAUGCAGCAUACAAAUCUAAUUCUCCAACAACUGAUGCCAGUCACAAAGCCCUCUCAACAGAAAAAACAAGCCCAGUUAGCCAUGGCUACAAACACUCCUCAUCAUCCAGUGAUGGAUUUAGUAGGACAUCUGUUGGUGGGGAUCUACAUAGUCCGCCCCCAAGGGAUGUGAAGCAGCCUCUUCCAUCAGCUGGUGGGUUUCAGAACACUAACAGGGCUAAAUACCCUGAAAAGACCAGGAGUAAUGACAAGCCGUCCAGCCAGAGCUCAUCGCUGGACUCCAGGGGGGUGGGCGUGGUACGGGCAGAACUGGUAGUGGUUCAGAAUGAGUCCUCAGAGAGCGAGGAGAACGAAGAUGAGAACGUUGAAGAUAGUGUGUUUGAAGAACAGAAGGUGCAAAGCCCCAAAGACGACCCGCUAGCAGACCUGAGGAGAACCUCUCCACCGGAAAAACUGAACUGUAACCCUGCUCAUCUUCUCUUAGCGAGAGACAAAGAGACGCAAAGGAUAGCAGAGGCCGUGGGCGAAGGUAGACUCUUGGAGGACGACGAUCGAUUUGGGUCGAAAAGGGAGAGACGGGAAGACGUUGUGAAUCGAGAUGGCGACGAUGAUCGCGAGGAAGACGAGGAGGAGAGUGAGCUGGAGGAGCAGGUGGGCCGGAGCAUCCUGGAUAGAGCCUCACCAGUAGUGUACGGUAUUGAGAAUGCGGCAUUUGUGGAUGACAGAGAUGUGGACCAGGUCCUUAGAGAAGAAGAAGAAGAGGAGGAGGAAGAAGAGGAGGAAGAUCAUAUGUAUGGGGAUUAUGAUGACUGUUACGAGACCACUGGGCUGUCGGAUGAGGAGGAGCCUCCACCAAAGAGGAAAAUCAAGUUCUCCACACACCCCAUUCAGGUCUUCAGUACCUUCUCCAAUGAGGAAUAUGAUCGGCGCAACGAUGACGUGGAUCCAGUGGCGGCGUCUGCGGAGUAUGAGCUGGAGAAGAGAGUGGAGAAGAUGGAUGUGUUCCCUGUGGAGAUAGAGAAAGGAGACAAUGGACUUGGCAUCAGUAUCAUAGGAAUGGGAGUGGGAGCUGACCAGGGUCUGGAGAAGCUGGGCAUUUUUGUGAAAACAAUAACAGAGCAAGGAGCUGCGGAGAAUGACGGACGCAUACAGGUGAAUGACCAGAUCGUGGAGGUGGAUGGUGUCAGUCUGGUGGGCGUCACCCAACUGUUUGCUGCAACGGUCCUGAAGAACACCAAAGGCACCGUGAGGUUUCUGAUUGGACGGGAGAAGCCAGGGACGCAAAGCGAGGUGGCCCGCCUCAUAAGCGAGACACUAGAGCAGGAGAAGAACCAGCAGGAACAGCAAGAACACCUGGAUGACCCCUAUGAGCACUCUACAGAGGAGGAGGAGCGCUACGAGGAGGAGGACGACAGAGUGGAAGAGAGGAUUCUGUGCUCCAAUUUCUCUCCAGGGCAGAACGUAGAGAUGUUUGAGCUGCCCGAUUCAGAGGCUUUGUUUAUGCCGAGCAACAUGGACGGCUCUCAGAUGGUCUUCAAGUUCAAAGAGCUGCAGCACAAACACAGCGUUGCCGCAGCUGAAAUAAAUCAACUGAAGGAAAAGCUAAGGGGUUCCGAGGAGGACAGGUCAUUGUGGGAAGCCAGGGAGUCCGCACUGGAGCAGAAGAUCGAGGAUAACGAUGACAAAAUCCUCAAGUUGGAGAGUUACUGGCUGGAAGCCCAGGGUCUGUGCAAGACUGUGAAUGAACAAUUAGCUGAGACUCAGGCCCAGCAUGAGACCCUGGACAAGAAGUACAACAAGGCCAAGAAGCUGCUCAAGGACUACCAGCAGAAAGAGAUUGACUUUGUGAAGAAAGAAGAGGAGCUGAAAAAAAGCCUUGAUGAAAAAGACAAGUGGUAUAAGGAGCAGCUGGAGAGCUUGCAGAACAGGAUAGCUGUCCUGGAGUCCAGAGGGCCGUCAGACGUGGAGCGUCAGAGUGGUCAGGACUCGGCAGCAGACGAGAGAUUACUCGGCCAAGACCCAGUCACCAACACACAAUCUGUUGACUCACUACUAGAACAAGACUGGAGGGAGUUGGUCCCUGAGACUGAGCGCUUGGACACCAGUGCACACCGGGCGAAAGGCCUGCUGGCCCAGAAGGCCAAACGUCAGCCUCCUUCUCGGAGCAAACUGAAGGAGAGCCUCGCGGUGGUCUCAAGUCACUCUCAGGAAACUGAAGAAGAAGAGGAGGAGGAGCAGGAAUCUCCCAGGAGGAGGAGAUCCAUCCAGGAGAGCCUGUCCCUUCCGGUGCCCGUCUGCUAUCCUGAGAAUGGACCGAAAGAUGAUCCAGGAGAGCCGAGGGAUGCGUCCAGGAGUAAGGCAGAGCUCUCCAGCAGCCCGUCUUUGUCGCCAUCCCAGGGAGACAGCGUUGAAAGCAGCGGAAGUCCUCCUUUGUCCUCUCCAAAAGACGCCUCGUCGCCACAUUCGCCCUCCGGAUUGAUGCGCAAUGUCAAGAAAAGGGAGUCCAAAGGGAAGAGCAAAGAGGAGCUUAAUGAGCCGUCGUCAGCAGGAAAACCUAAAAGACGAUUUCCAGACUUUGGAGGCCUCCGGAAGUCAGGUGGCAAAGGGAAAAAACAUGACAAGGAGGCGAUGAGAGCGUCUUUGGACAGCAGAGGGUCGGCAGAGUUACUGGAGGAGUCUGGAGGGAACCUGUCUCCUGCAGAUUCAAUGACUUCCAUCCCCACCUGUAUGCCCUUCAACUGGUUCGGAGACAAAGAGAGGGACAGAGACAGAGAGCCCUCGUCGUCCAGCAGCAGCCUGCCGUACGUUGCAACUGAGACCAGCAGUGAGCAAAGCCAGGACCGCAAGAAUAAGACAAAUCUCUCCUGGUCCUCUUUAUUCAGUCGCUCAUUAGAUUUGAGUUUUUCAGUCAUAGAUGAUUCUAACCCCGCCUGUCCCAGUUCAGACAUCUCUGGGUUAGUCGCUGAACCCAAUCUGUCUGGGCGCUCACACACUUUAAUCUUCUCUUCCAGCGAGACUUUGGAUGAUGAACCGGUAGCUACAGGGAAAGAAUAUCAGUGGCAGAACCGGCCCAUCCCUGACUGGACCAAUCAGCAGGUCUGUCACUGGUUGAUGGGCAUGAACAUGGACCAAUACACACCUGAAUUCACAGCUAAGGGAGUGGACGGCCAGCAGCUCUUGUACUUGGACAGUGACAAGUUGAAGGCCCUCGGUGUGUCGAGUCAGAGCGACCGUUCAACUAUCAAGAAGAAGCUGAAGGACAUGCGUAAGGCCCAGGAGAAGAUUGAGAAACAGCGAGAGAAAAGAGAGAAGGAGGUCCGACGCAGCGGGAGACUGCCGGCCAGUACUGACUCUGUCUGCUGAUGUAGCAGCUCUGUUCUCUCAAUCCAUGCAGCUCAUACAAGUUCAACACUAGCAGAACCCUGACCAACCCUCUUUUCUACUUUUUGGUGCCAUGAAGUUCAUGUCACAUGACUACCAGGAGUGUAACCUGUGUCGACUGAGGUGCCAGUUGUGAUUUAUGUUCAUACAUCAAUGUUUCUCCUGAACGUUUUUACGAACUUCAGCUCAAAGCAUUUUAACAGAAAGAUGGGGAAUGUCAAAAACACAAGUUGGAUAUGUGACCAAAAAGGAAUCCUAAUAUUUUUUACCACUAAAAAGCUAGAAGCUAUGAUUAUUAAAAAAAAUAAAAGAAUCUAAUGUAGUUCAGAUCAUGCACACAUUUACCUAACGGAAGUCAAAUGUAUACUGCUUUUUCAGCAUUUUAUAUUUUUGCUAGUAUAACUUGCCAUGUACAACUCUCCUGCAGGAACGGCGAUUGUACAGUUCAGAUAAAAAGCACUAUAUUUGUCUUUAAAGCUUCAAUGGGCGACAAGGUUUUAAAUGUAUAAAUGAGUUUUAUACAUGUGCUUAUUAACUGCAUAUCUUUUUUUUUUUUUUUUACUUAAAUACCAUUGUUCAUUUUAUACUAUAUGAAUUUUUCUACUAAGUAGAAUAGCUAGGCCGUCGUUUUUGCUGAAUGAAAGCAACAAACAAAUCAUGUGUGGGGACGAGGUGAAUGCUGCUUCUGCUGUCCCUGACUCCGGCUGUGUGUGGCUGAGAUGGUACCACGACGCUCCAUGUAAAUACACACAGCACGCAGGUCUGCUACACGCACACCUCGCCGCCGCUCCGUUAAGACGGUCAGAUGUGCCUAUGACAAGGACUUGUGUGAGUCGGGAGCACAGCGUCGUGUAUGAAUGUGAGGCUGAACAAUGCCAGCCAAACCCAAGUGCUUCCUUUCUUCUUUUUCUCAUGCAUGACUCCAUGUUCUGUAUACAAUACGACAUGUUGGACUGCAAGAAAAUAAUGUUUCCCACCUCCACCUUGUGAAACGGAGAAACAUUUCUUGGUACAUACAACAUCAAUAAACUAAUUUUCACUUUA